UCAUCUACUCAUCCCGCAGUAGUAAUGCGGUCACCAGUCGGGUGCAGUCCACUCCAGUCUCCACCACAGGCGCCAGCGCCACUACAAUAGUGGUAGUAAAUUCGUUGCAACUUGCGCAUCUGCCUGCGUACUCCUGCCGAGCCGAGCCGAGCUGCAUCGCCGCCAUUAUUCAUACCUACCUUUCACACAGCUUCGUGCUGGCCGCGAAUCCUUUGGCUUCGGUGCUGGUGUGUGUGUGUGACCCCUGUCGGCAGGCAGCCAUGGGGAAAGCUGCCAUUUGGCGGUGCUUUUGGACCUGAGCUUCUUGUUCCUUUCGACGCGCCGCUCCUCCUUUGGCUCCCGUGACCCGUUCCUCCUGCUCCACUCUUCUGAUCUGCGCACUGAUUGAUGCCGGCCUCAGGGGAGGAGCGCCAAUGGUAGCUAGGGAGGAGAGAUCGGGCGGCGGGGAGCUCUGAUCUGAUCUGCUGCGGCGCGUGGUAGUAAGUAGAUGGUGGUGCGCCGGAGGCACGCCGUGCUUUGCUGUUUUUGCCGCGAAUCUUGAAGGCGAGCCAUGUCGGAGUCGAGCAGGGCGUUCAAUGUGGACGGCGCCGGGCAGCCGGCAGACGGGGCGCGGGGAGGAGGGAAGCGGCGCCCGGGCGCGGGCGGCGGCGGGAGCGUGCCGUUCCACAGGCUGUUCGCGUUCGCGGACGGCGCCGACGCGGCGCUCAUGCUGGUCGGCGCCGUCGGCGCGGUGGCCAACGGUGCCGCGCUGCCGCUCAUGACGGUUCUGUUUGGCGGCCUCGUCGACGCCUUCGGCGGCGCGGCCGGCGGCAGCGGCGACGUCCUGGCCCGCGUCUCCCAGGUCUCCCUCGAGUUCGUCUACCUCGCCAUCGCCUCCGCCGUCGCCUCCUUCGCCCAGGUGACCUGCUGGAUGAUCACCGGCGAGCGGCAGGCGGCGCGGAUACGGAACAUGUACCUGAGGACCAUACUCCGGCAGGAGAUUGCCUUCUUCGACAUGUACACCAGCACCGGCGAGGUGGUCGGGCGCAUGUCCGGCGACACGGUGCUCAUCCAGGACGCCAUGGGGGAAAAGGUCGGCAAGUUCAUCCAGCUGAUGGUGACGUUCUUUGGAGGCUUCGCCGUGGCCUUCGCGCAGGGCUGGCUCCUCACCCUCGUCAUGGUGGCCACCAUCCCGCCGCUCGUCCUCUCCGGCGCGGUCAUGUCCAAUGUCGUUGCCAGGAUGGCGUCGCUUGGGCAGGCCGCCUACGCCGAAGCCGCGGUCGUCGUCGAGCAGACCGUCGGCUCCAUCAGAACAGUUGCAUCUUUCACCGGGGAGAAGAAAGCGGUGGAGAAGUACAACAAGUCGCUUAAGUGCGCUUACAGUUCCGGUGUCCGGGAAGGCCUAGUCGCUGCCAUCGGCAUGGGCACCGUCAUGAUGCUCCUGUUCUGCGGCUACUCCCUGGGGGUAUGGUAUGGAGCCAAGCUGAUCCUAGAGAAGGGAUACACCGGCGCCCAGGUCAUGAAUGUCAUCUUCGCGGUGCUUACCGGCUCGCUAGCUCUAGGACAGGCAUCACCAAGCAUGAAAGCAUUCGCAGGAGGACAGGCCGCAGCAUACAAGAUGUUUGAAACAAUCAACAGGGAGCCCGAAAUCGAUGCAUACAGCACAGAGGGUAGGAUGCUAGACGACAUUCAGGGGGAUAUCGAGUUCAGAGAUGUUCACUUCUCCUACCCAACAAGGCCCAAUGAGCAAAUAUUCAGAGGUUUCUCCCUUGCCAUACAGAGCGCCAAAACCGUUGCAUUGGUUGGCCAGAGUGGGAGUGGAAAAUCAACAGUUAUCAGCUUGAUCGAACGGUUUUAUGAUCCUCAGCUCGGAGAAGUUCUAAUAGAUGGAGUGAAUAUCAAGGAGUUGCAGUUAAAGUGGAUCAGAAGUAAAAUUGGCUUAGUGAGCCAGGAGCCGGCCCUGUUUGCUGCUAGCAUAAGAGAUAACAUAGCUUAUGGUAAGGACAAUGCGACAGAUCAGGAAAUCAGAGCUGCGGCUGAGCUUGCUAACGCCUCCAAAUUCAUUGAUAAAUUACCCCAGGGUUUCGCUACUUCGGUUGGUGAACAUGGAACACAACUAUCUGGUGGGCAAAAGCAAAGAAUCGCCAUUGCCAGAGCGAUUCUCAAAGAUCCAAGAAUCCUGCUAUUGGAUGAAGCGACAAGCGCUUUGGACACCGAGUCUGAAAGGAUUGUGCAGGAGGCUCUUGAUAGGGUCAUGACAAAUCGGACCACUGUCAUAGUUGCACACCGUUUGACGACUGUAAGGAAUGCCGAUACAAUUGCUGUCAUCUGCCGAGGAUCAAUAGUUGAAAAAGGUCCACACCAUGACCUUUUGAGGGACCCAGAAGGAGCUUACAGCCAACUGAUACGCUUACAGGAAACAAGUCAUGCUUCUGAGGGCGCAAGCAAUCAGAACAAGUCGGGUAGGAAGAGUGAUACUGGGAUUCGGUUAGGCAAACAGUCAUUGGUAAAUCAGUCAACUAGCCAAAGGUCAUCUCGGGAUAACAGUAGCCAUCACUCAUUCUCAGUGCCAUUCGGCAUACCUCAUGAAAUUGAUGUUCAGGUUGGCUGCUCGAAGAACAUAACUGAUGAAAUACAACAGGAAGUGCCCCUCAGUCGCCUGGCAUCCCUUAACAAACCAGAGGUCCCAGUGCUUAUACUUGGUUCUGUUGCUUCUGCUAUCAGUGGAGUGAUAUUCCCGAUCUUUGCAAUACUUUUGUCGAAUGUGAUCAAAGCAUUCUAUGAGCCCCCAGAAAUGCUAAAGAAGGAUGCUGCGUUUUGGUCAUCCAUGUUCUUGAUAUUUGGUGCAGUGUACUUCGUGUCGCUCCCUGUCGGCUCAUACUUUUUCUCGGUGGCUGGGUGCAAGCUCAUCAGAAGAAUCAGACUAAUGACUUUUGAAAAGGUGGUCAAUAUGGAGAUUGGAUGGUUUGAUGACCCACAUAACUCAAGUGGCUCAAUUGGGUCAAGGCUAUCGUCAGACGCAGCAAAAGUUAGGGGGCUCGUGGGUGAUACACUUCAACUGGUUGUGCAAAACUCUGCAACAUUAGUUGCUGGCCUGGUAAUUGCUUUCAUAUCAAACUGGGAGCUAUCUCUUAUCAUUUUGGCGUUGAUACCACUCAUCGGCCUGAAUGGAUGGAUCCAGAUGAAAUUUAUCCAGGGAUUCAGUGCAGAUGCAAAGAUGAUGUACGAGGAGGCAAGUCAAGUGGCAAAUGAUGCAGUAAGUAGCAUAAGGACAGUGGCCUCAUUUUCAGCUGAAGAGAAGGUGAUGGAUUUGUACAACAAAAAGUGCGAAGGACCGCUACAAACAGGAAUCAGGACAGGAAUAAUAAGUGGUAUUGGUUUUGGAGUUUCCUUCUUUUUGCUGUUUGGAGUCUACGCAGCAAGCUUCUAUGCUGGUGCUCGGCUUGUCGAGGAUAAGAAGACAACAUUUCCCAAAGUUUUCAGGGUGUUUCUUGCUCUCACAAUGGCAGCAAUCGGGGUAUCGCACACUAGCACCCUCACCUCAGAUUCCUCCAGAGCAAGAUCAGCCGUAUCUUCUAUAUUCGCCAUCGUGGACCGUAAAUCGAUGAUUGACCCAAGCGAUGACGCCGGGGUGAAUUUAGAACCACUAAGGGGCGACAUCGAGUUUCGGCACGUGAGGUUCAGAUACCCGACCCGCCCGGAUAUCCAGAUCUUCGAAGACCUGUGCUUGACAAUCCAGUCAGGAAAGACCGUCGCGCUUGUCGGGCAGAGCGGCAGCGGCAAAUCGACAGCAAUAUCGCUGCUGCAGCGAUUCUACGACCCUGACGCGGGCCACAUACUUCUGGACGGGGUGGACAUCCAGAAGUUCCAGGUGAGGUGGCUGAGGCAGCAGAUGGGGCUGGUGAGCCAAGAGCCAGCCCUCUUCAACGACACGAUCCGGGCAAACAUCGCCUACGGGAAGGAAGGGGAGGCCACGGAAUCGGACAUCGUAUCUGCCGCGCAACUGGCGAACGCCCACAAGUUCAUCAGCUCACUCCAACAGGGGUACGACACGGUGGUCGGGGAGCGCGGCGCGCAGCUGUCGGGAGGGCAGAAGCAGCGGGUGGCGAUCGCGCGGGCGGUGGCCAAGGACCCCAGGAUCCUGCUGCUGGACGAGGCGACGAGCGCGCUGGACGCGGAGUCGGAGCGGGCGGUGCAGGACGCGCUGGACCGGGUGGCGGCGAGCCGGACGACGGUGGUGGUGGCGCACCGCCUGUCGACGGUGCGGGGCGCCGACGUGAUCGCGGUGGUGAAGGACGGCGCGAUCGUGGAGCGGGGCACGCACGAGGCCCUGAUCGCCGUCAAGGGCGGCGCGUACGCGUCCCUCGUCGCCCUCCACUCCGCGGCGGCGCCGUCGUCGUAGCGCCGCUCCAAGAGGGGCGCUCGCGGAAUUGUUGGGGGUGGCACGCCUGGUAAUUAUUACCACGUUCGGUUCAGGUGUCAGCUCGCUGUGAAAAUGAAACCCUAUCCGAAGACCUACGCACGAACGCUUUAUAUUUCUUUGUUAGAAAAAGGAACAAAAAAGUUCUAUAUAGGAAUAACAAUACCCAAAUAUUAUCUUCUAUCAAAAUAAUCUUACUCUCUAAAA